GGUCCAUUGGAAAAUUAUGAGUUUAUUAUUGGUGAUGAAGAAAUGAAUUUUGGCUGGACAAAAAUGCAAAUCAUUGACUUUCUUAAGCAACAGAAAUGUUCGAUUGAUAAUCCAGUCAAGAUAUCUGAUGUAGAAAAAGAGCCUCCGGUGAAUAGUAAAGAAACAGAAGUCGUCCGAAAGGCCUUCGAUAUUGAUUUCAAAGAUCCAAGUGACCUUUUGAAAAGGUUCCAAGAUUUCAUCAAUGAAUGUUCGUAUAAUUACAGAAAGACAGGAAAUUAUUACGCUCCGUACACGACCUUAAUUCAAGCUAGUGGUAUAGGAAAAUCAAAAUUAUUAAAAAAAAACGCAGAAGAUAUUAGCACCAUAUACUGCUGUUUACGUGACCAUAACUCAAGUGGCUAUCCACCAAGAUCAUAUAUUGCCGAUGCACUAUUAUCUCGGUUUCAAAACGAAAAUGAUGCUUUAUCCACCUACCUUGCUUAUUUUUGCGCAUGUGCUCAAAAAUUACAGGAAUUCAAUGGAAGUUGUAAAGAAUGGUUCGAUGAGCAUACUAGAGAAAAUUUGCAGGAGGCUUUCUGGAAGGACGUUGAAAACAGAAUGACUGAUAUUAAAAGCAAACUGAAAAACAAGCCUACGGAUGACGAGAAAGUUGUG